ACAACAUUUUAUUGUCGCCAUUUUGUUCAUUUUCAUCGUACGAAAAACACUUCUUCUAAGCGACAAUUGUGCCAUGAUGAGCGAUGAGGACCGCGAUAUUGAUGUAGAAAGCGACGAAGACGAAAUCAGUAGCUAUCCAAAUUCGCACUAUCAAACACAGGCUCAGAAACGAGCUCAUCACAACGCAUUGGAAAGAAAGAGGCGUGAUCAUAUAAAAGAAUCUUUUACUGGACUUCGCGACGCUAUACCUAGCCUCCGGGGCGAGAAGGCCAGCCGUGCGCAAAUAUUAAAGCGUGCAACCGAGUAUAUUAUUUACGUGGCUAAGAGGAAUGACAAGCAUCAAAGUGAUAUUGACGACGUACGCCGGCAAAAUACGUUGUUAGAUUCACAAAUUCGAAAACUAGAAAGGUCGCGUGGAAUAAUACCUAGCGACGCAGCAAGCCCAGAAUCAUCCGCUGGCGCAACUGCAACUGAUUCUUCCUCUGAUGGUGAGAACUUUAACGCAGGACCUUCCCGUAAACGGCUACGGUCAAAAUAAUGAUCUCUUCUGGCGCCCGAAAGAAUAAUAUACUCAACUAAUAAAAAAAAAAAAGAGAAAACAUGAAAUUCAUAUGCCAUUCUGUCAUGCAGCUGCUCAGCUACGAACCUUAGAAAAUUUUCCACAGUAACGCUCUCAGUUGAAAUUGUGUUACCAAAAGUUCGUCUUUAUGUAUGUGUAAAUGCCAUAUCCGGCUGCGCGCAGGCCUUUUUUUUCCCAUUUUUCCUUCGUCAACCGCCAGACAUUAAUUUCCCAGUGAUUGUUAUUUGCAUAUAACUUCGUUAUUAAUGUCGUGCUGUAUUAUUGUUUCUUUCCAUGGUUCUAGUUAGUUAGAGUUUGGAAAAACAAGCAUUUUAUCUUGAUUAGUAAACGCUUCUAUUUUGUGAUUAAACAUUCAUGCGUUUACAUUCGAAGGGCUUGUACAACUUAAUUUUUUCGUUAGCUUAAUAUCACAGUAGAUCUUUUGCUCUCUUAUACAGCAAAUAACGUGUUAAAUACACUUAACGAAGCGUUUUACUUUUUAAAGAAACACCGAUUGAUAUGCCCGAAAGACUUCAAUACACUAGUGACAUCUAGUGCAUAAGUUGAAUAGCGUUGACUUUAAAAAGGUGACUUCAUUGACGGGAAUAAGCAAUAUAUUUUUAUAAAAUUGGCCCUGUGAAUAGCAAAACAGUUGUUGCAACUAGUUGAAUAAUGACAGGCUUUUUCAAGCAGAUAAAAAUCUUUAUACACACGUUUUCAAAUGAAAAUAAUGAUUAGAUUGUCGUCUAUAAUGUAAAAAAUAUAUAUUACUAUAUUUUCUAUUCAAUUUAAAUAAAGAUUGCGUAAAAAUGAGGAAAAUUG